AUGACGGAAGAGUCGCCGCGCUUCUAUCGGGCGGCGUGGUUGUUGAAGCAAGCAGAAUGGCGGUUUGCGUGGGAUCGACGAUAUUUUGUUCAAGACGGUCUGCGACUGGCAUACCGCGCAGAGGAGAAAGGACCGGAGAAAAAAAACGGUUACAUCGCUUCCCUGCUGCGCAAUGUGGGGCCGCAGCAUUCGCUCACCUUCCGUGUGUGGCUGAAGGAGGGGGAUUGCUGGACGCUCCGCGCCGAGACGGAGGAGGAGCACCGUCAGUGGACGGACAGCAUCACCGCCGCGUUGGUGCAGGAUGCCGUGGAGGGAGAAAGAGACGUGCGUGAGGGCGUCGUACUAAAGAAGGCUGCAUGGACAGGAGAGUGGCGGCAGCGGUACUUUGAACUGGAUGGUACUCGCAUGGCGUACCGAGCUAGCAAGGAGGGUGUUGUGCGGAACCGCUUCAUUAUUGUGGCGGCCGAUGUGGCAGGCGAGGAAGGUAGGGAGUGUGAGCUGCUCGUGACGACAAGCUGCAGCGAAUGUUUCUGGAUGAAGUUCAUCACUGCAGCACAGUGCAACGACUGGAGAGGUGUCAUUGCACGUGGACUGCGCCGCACAGUGCCGUGGCACUGGCAAUUGCUUGUGUCAGCACACCCCUUGGAAUAUAAUCCUCUCCACGUGCAGUACCACGCAGCAGCGAGCGGCAGCGGCAAUGUUGUGUACUGCUACGGGGGCACAAAGGCGCUGGCGACCCAUCGGUACGUGCCCGCAACACGCACCUUGUUGCCGGAUGUGCGCCGUGAGAGUGUUGAGCGACAGCUCACGCGCAUUCGCCUUGCUGCAGAGCACGUCUGCACCGCAGUUGAUGUUCUGCCCUACGAGGAGAGCGAGCAUGCAAAAUUGCGGCCGCCUCCUCUCUUUGGCGCGGCCAUCUGCACUGUUGUUGUCCCACCACCACCAUCAUUAUCAUCAUCAUCGUUGACCGCAGGAACAUCAAUGCCCUCGUCGGAGUAUCUACUACUAGUGGGGGGCCGUGGUGAGACCACCACCGUCCGCGAUGUGGCCGUGGAGAUGUGGUUGUGUGCGCUGCACGUCCCCGCGCCAAAGUGGCAGCGGUGCCAGUACGACACAACGCUGCUGCCCCACCGCACAUUUCACACACUGACCGCACGAUACCCGUCGAUGGCGUUACUUGUUGGCGGCAUGGAUGACAUGAACCGUGUGAGCGCGGACUGCUUCUCCAUUGCGUGGCCCGCUGAUGGGGUGGAGUUGUUCACCUCUCCUCCAGUGGUUGAGUUCUUCGGCUUCCUUCCAGAACCCCGUGCGUUUCAUGCGUGUGUGGCGCUGCGUGACGAGUCUCUUCUCGUGGUGGGUGGGCGCAGUGUCGGCAAUAGCAGUGCCGCUCCUGCACUGCUUCGGCUUGCGAGUGGCGUAACGGAGUGGAACGAGGUGGUGGCGGACCCACCGCUGCCGAGUUUGGACCACGUGUGUGCAGCUGCUGCUGGCGGUGGCUGUGGUGAGGGUGAGGGUGAGGAUUUGGUGUUUGUGCUCGGCGAGACGUGCAACAUGUGCCCCACCCCAAGACUUUUCCAGCUUGCCCUUCAAUCACCGAUACUCGCUGUUGCGCGCGAAAUAAAACUGGCUGUGGGUGCAAUUCCGCGGCACUGUUGUGGGGCGACCAUGCACCACGCGGCGGGGUACCUGUAUGUUAUUGGAGGCUGCUACUACAGCAAUGGCAACGGCAUGGGGGGUGCGGUCUCAUUUCAGAAUCCUGUUCGCAUGCUCAUUGGUGGUGACAGUGGUAGUGAUGCUGAUGCGGCGACGGUAGGGCCGCCAGUGCCAGAGAUUGGUGGGCCAGCUUGA